UUCUUUUUUUUUUCCGUCUGAAGGGAUUCAUUCAUUCAUAGUUAAACACUGUUACAAAGGCUGGCAGAAAUCAUGAAAUCUCCAGAAACUAAAGCCUAAAGGAAAGACUACUUGAGCCCACAACGGGGCGACUUGAGCCCACAUCGGAGCGAUUUGAGCCCACAUCGGGGCGACUUACAGACACCAAACAAAUACGGGUAAAAACCAAUCACCCAUAACUAAAACAUUACAAACAUGAAAAUCUACAGACAAACUGACAUUUCAGUGCACAUGACCUUCCAAUAUAGCAACCGCAGAGAUCUGGACAAAUCGAAGCUGCUCUCGGCCAACCAACGAUUCCAUCCGCUUCAAAACCCGAAGACCCUCAGUCUUCUCAACCCGGAUCUAUCGUUGCCGCCUAUGGCCUGCCGAACGAUACCAUUAGUAAUCAAGGACCAAGACUUCACAACCCGACAAGUAAGCAACUUUCGGAUACGGUUUGAACGCACUCUCUGACGUCCACUUUACACCUAGAUAGAAGUCUCCCAGACACCUCCACACAAACAAGCCUCGUCAAUUGAUUCCCAUAACAAACGCAUUCAAAAACAAACCACAUCAACGAGAAAUCACUGCACCACCAACUGAAAGAGAAUUCUGCAACUGAAAUUAUCACACACCAAACCCAAAAACUAAACACGGGACUCACAACCCUCUGAUAUAAUCCGGUUCCACAACCGAUAGAACAUCAUCUUCAUAUCAGGGUCAUCACAAACGUUAAGAAUAAAAGUCCAGACCUUAGCAAAGGAAACACUCAGAGGAUAGACAGGGUCAUCAUAAGUGGCCUCUAGCCGAAAGAACUUGCAUCUCGCUCCUAAGCCCGAAACUGAACAGACUAGUCGGGAAUGAAAACCGAACCUUGACUACUGCGAUGGAACAAGACCUUAACUGAUAGCGACUUCAAGAAGUGCAGAGACCAUACCGUAAAGGCCUCUUCUUCGGUUGACCACGACUUCUUCGAGCCUCCUUGCUGAGCUUGUCUUUGAACACCGAAGGACCAAAGCUUCUUUCUAUCGUCUGUUACACCACUCCUUCUGCCAUCUCACCGUCGUAGAGUACGGUAGAUCCAGGCUCCAGGAGACGUCUCACCUAUACCACGCGCCCUCGUCGUGAAGGCUCUGGAAGUGGAAAAUUUGAAUCUGACAAAACCCUCAGUUCUAAAAGCCGACCUCCAAUCCAUCUCCUCCGCUCCAACCUCACGUCGACACCAGAAAUCCAAGACGAACACCGGAUCUGGUCGCUACUCCAUUGCCGGCAUGUCUCUUCUUCCAGGGCAAACAGUAUAUCGGAGAGAGAAAGGGAGGUAGGAGAGGAAGCAAAGAAGGAAAACGGAGGAAAGGGAAGGAAAGGAGCUCCGGCAACGUCGCAGUGACGCGUACGCGCCGGAGAUAACACGGUGGUCUUUAGAUCGCUUCGAGAGGCAAAGACGCUUUUUUCUUUUUUGCCUUGUGUUGUCUUCUCCUUUACAAUGUAUUGGUCAUACAUAUUCUAUAGUUGUAAAAUUAAAACCACUAAAGAUUACGUUUUCAGUCAUAACUUGGAUUGACAUUAGAACCGAAGCAAGCAGAGUAGCAGACCCACUGUAGCAUCUUUGAUCACGUGGAACCGCGUGAAUUACCGGCGCAAUCUUCAUUUGAUAAUUAUUAAGCGCAUUUGAUGAUAAUAGUUAAGCGAUUUAAAAGUUUAUAUUUUUGUGGAAGUCCCUUUAAGUCUCGAGGCUGACAAAUCAUUUAGUUUUUUUUUUAAUUAAAUCGAAGUAUCUCCAAUCUAUUGAAGACUCUAGAAAAAAAAAUGCAAUCCAAAUAUAAAAUUUGUUUAUGGCAUUCAAAUAUGGACCGAAGACGAGAAUUUAUAUUCAUGUUGACAGUGGGUGAGGAACAAAUUUAAUUUAUUUCUCACAUAGUUAUAUACUACUUUAGAUGGGAACAAAUUCUGAAAUGCGAAUUAUUAUACAUAUAUAAGCGAAAGCAAAUUUGUUGAAAAAUGAAAAAUCUAGCGUAGUGGAUAUAGACUAUAAACAAAUAUACUGUUAAGAAUGUGGGGGAUAGAUAUAUCAAAAUUUCAUAGUAUUAUUUUUUUCUCUCAUAAAUGUGUUUGUUAGAUGUAUAUUUUCGAUACUUUAUAAAUAUAUUAUAAAAAUUUGUUCAAAUAAAAAGAAAUUUACAAAUCGAUAUUCUCAUCUUCUAUUGCAAAUUGUUGACAGUCUCGUGUAUUUUAAAUUGUUCAUACAUAAUAUCAGGUCACGAGUGAGAUUUGACUUCUCAAUCCUUAUUGCUAGAUUUGAUCACGCCUUUUGAUCAAAUCUUCGGUAUCGACGGACCAAUUAAUACAAACCCAAUUUCAAAAGAUAAAUUCUCACCAAUACCAUUAGUAUCCCCUUGAUGAUUUGUGUAUUUGAUUUUAUUUUGCUGGGAAAAUCCCUUUACUUUUUAUAAAAGCUCAUUUAUUUGCCUCGAAGUCUUGAAGAAUUGUGAAAAAAAAAACAAUCAUGAGAAAUUGAGCAUAUAUAUUCUAAAAGAAAAUUCAGGAAAUUUGUAACAUUUGAAAUACCCAAAAACAUGAUACUUUACAGUUUAUAAUAACAAUUAGUUUAGUCAUCGGUCCAUAAUUUUUUUGUAAAAACAAAAAGCUUAUUCAAAAAUCAAAAUCAAGAAGUAGAACAUCAAACAAGUAUAGGGCCCAUUCCAAAACAUGAAUUUUGUCUAGGAAAAACGGGAUUUUCGUUAACUUUUUCGUUACAUAAUUAAUUUUUUGUCAUUGAUCCCUAAUAUAUAAAUCUAGCAUGGCUGUUCGUACUUAAUAGUUAAUAUGUACCGGAAAAAUAAUCGUAUUCAGGGGCGCGAGACAUGGCCUUUUAUAUACUUAGAAUUUCUUGUUGACUAAAUCACUAUUUUGUCUUCAUUUGUAAAUGUAAUUAUUUUGGUUUAAUAAAAAAUCAAAGGAGCUCCUAACUUUGAUGACUCGGGAUCCUCAUGAUUAAACUAGUUUUUUUUUUAUUUUUUUUUAUGAUUAAACUAGUUGCCUAAUGUCUCUUUUGUCUUUUGCCUUUUGUCUUUUUUUUUCUUUACUUUUUUUUCGUUUUUUUUCGUUUUUUUUCUUCCUUCGAAUAACAUUAUUUUUGUUCUUAUAAUUUUUGAUAAUUUGACGAGAUUAGUAGAUAGCAUUGGCUUAUUUUUGUGGUGGGUGACAUUUAUGUUAAGGGACUCGCAAAUAUUGUCGCGGGUCUGAUGAAGUUCUAAUUUUGUUCUUCUAUAGUUCGUAUAUAGCUAGAAUAUUAAAUACUUAAAUGUCCUAAAACAUUAUAAACACUAGAUGUCUGUAGAAUGUCGACAUUUGUAUAGAAAAUAUAUGUCUAUUAACCGCUAAGUUUGUUAUAGAUGUUUUCAAACGUCGACAAAAGAAAGAAUGUUUUCAAAUUAUAUAUUUCGAUUAUAUCUCUGACUAUAUUAAAUAAAUCCAUCAACAAUAGGUAAUGCUAUAUGUAGUCAUGCUUAAGCUAAUGAGGUUAUACAAUUCAAAUGAUUAACAUUGUCAUCCAACAUAGUUGCAAAAAAAAAAAAACAUUUUCAUCCAACAUUCUUUUUACUUUAUAAAACACCACAUAAAUCAUCGUAUUCUUAGAAAAAACAUAUACAGUAUAUCUUUUUUAAAAACAUAUAUAUCAAUUGUUUAUAAUUUAUAAGAGAUGUGUAUAGUUUCGGGAGAGUCAAGCUUCAAUCCACCAAGAAAACAUCAAAAUAAUACAUCAUUUUGAGGUAAAAAUGAGAGGAUGUGAAUAAUGUUACAUUCUAUUUGAGAAAAUACUAUUUACAAAACUCAUUUUAAUGUUAAGAUUUUUCUAUUUGUUUAAUAAUCUCUAAAAUUUUACAAAACUUCAUCGUAUAUAUGCAUAAAAACAAUCAUAUACAAAUAUUACUUAAUGUUUUUUGUUUAAUUUGUGAAUAAUAAUUAAAAUUUAAAUGUAAUUAUAAAUAAAAAGUUAAUUAAAUACUUAAAUAUAAAAUUUAUAAUUUAAUAAUGAUAUAUAUAAAAUAAAAUAAACAAUAACAUUAAUAAUACAUAACUAUUACAAAAACACAAAAAAAUUUAACACAACAUAGAAUAAUUAUUGUCGAAAAUAGUAUUGUUUAAAUAGAACUCUAUUAUUGUUUUGUAUGGGGUUAUGUAAUUUUAAUGGUGUAAGAAAUACUUUAUUCAAACAAAAUUAAAGUUUAGUUGAAAUUUAAAAAAAAUGAUUAUAAUUUUAAAUCUUAUCGAAUAAAAUGUGUCAUUAAAAUGAACAAGAAGUUGAAAAAUGAAUAUAUUAAAAACAAUGGAAGAAAUGAAGAAAACCAUUUCAGUGAAACUCAAACUCAAAAUAAGUUUGCAGUUUACAAAAAAAUAUUUAAAAUACGUUUACUUCAUUUUGAGAAAAUAAAUGAAAAAAAAACAAUUAGAGAUGGUCUAAGUUAAGUCAAAGCUGAAUCAACGCCAAUCUAGCCGUAAAUUCUACUCCCUCCGCUUCAUAAUAGAUAAUGUUUUAGAAGAUUUUUGUUGUUUCAAAUAGAUGAUGUUCUAAUAUUUUUAUGUUAUUUUUAAUUUUAUUGAAAACUGUGUAACCAAUUAGAUGUUGUAGUCAUUUCUGUAAUUGGUUGGAUGAUUUUUAAAUUAUACUAUAUUUUUUAAACUACUUUUUAGAAAAAAAGUAAAUUUAUUAAUCUUUGUGCACUAAGUAAUGUAUUGUGAAAUAGAGGGAGUAAUACUUAUCAUCAAAUUGUGUGCAUUGGAAUGAUUAUAAGAGGUGAUCCGAGAUUUUUUUACCAGUCGAUGUGAUCUAAGAUGUUAAUGUUAUUAGUAUGUUUCGAUAAAAUGUAAUUACGAUUUUUCACCUCCCACAAGUCCGGCAGAGAGCGAAGAAUGAGCAAAGGUAAUCUUAUUAUAGGAAAGAUUCAAGAAUAAGGAUCACCUCCAGUUAUUAUUAUGUUGAUGUCUAUCACAGUAUCACUCUCGAGCCUUGUGCUCACCUUUCUUUUCGCGGCAUCUCUCCCUCUCUCUCCAUCUCUUUAUAUAUAUGCUACUCAAUCGUUGAUCAAAAAAUAUGCUACUCAAUCAUUCUUCUCACUAACAGUAAUUUCCGACAAUCUUCUCAAUGAUUAUAUCUAUUAUCUAUACGUCGUGUUAGAAAAAAGCUAUAUCUUUUAAGACGAGACUCAUUUAAGCAGCUAGUGUAAGUAAGGAUUUAGAUGUGAAUCCGAUCUUUAUAAAAUGUUAGGAGUAUUAAGUAAAAAGAAGAUUUAUGUUCGCUUUUAAUGUGAGUGUAAGUUCAUUUUCCCUGCUACAUAUUUCAUUAUGAACAAUUCUGAGACUUAACAAAACAAAUUUUAUUUGUAAUCUAUAUAUAACAAAUGAGAACAAUUCCAAGAAAUUACAAAAUACGAAAACUCUAGGAACACCGAUUACAUGAUUUAAAUAUUCAUCGCCAGACCCAAUAAUAAGACCUUACAAAAUUAGCAAAACCUUGACAAUUCAGUAUCCAAUUAAAACGAAUCACCUAUGAUAUAAAUUAACACGUUUACUUUGGUUAACUAUCAACUGUUUUGGUUUUCGAGAACUUAGAAUACCAUCUACAAUGUUUGUAUACAUUAAUUAACAAAUAAAGUUCAAGCCAAAAUCUAAGCUAAUUACCAAAUUACAUAUGAAAUUUUGAGUAUUUUGUUAUUUAUGCAUCCAUUAGUAUCAAACAUAAUUGAAACUAUAUGAAAUAGACUCGACCCUAGCUAACUAGGUCCUCAACGUUAGAAAAUCGUUCACUCGCUUAAGUAUUACAUAAUCUUGUGGUUUCAUGAACUGGUGAUAUACUGGUUUAAAACAUUAAUUUGUCUGCUCUUUCCUUGAUAAGGCUUGCUUUUAACUCGCAUAUACUACGUACUCAUUAUAAAAAUAACCAAGUUACGUUUUCAAAACUGUUUAGUUAACUAAGUGCUUUUCAGCUAGUAUUUUUUUUAAACCUAUAAAAGUUCUCUCUUUCUCUCUUCAUCUUCUAUAUGCUAUAAUGCUAAUACAUAGCCAUUAUUUUUUUUAUUUUUUUUUGACAACAUACAUAGCCAUUAUAAUGUCUGUGUAAAACAUCAGUAAAUAUGAAUCGCGUUACUCUCACAAGUAUACAGUCAUGACUCAUGUAAGUAGAUUUGAACGAAUGGAUGCAUUUUCUUGAAAUAACAUUUUCUCCAUUACGCCUUUGUGACCAUAUCAUUUUUUUGCUUAAAGCUAAGUUAUAAUUAUGCUCUUUCCGCUAAAAACGGGUUUUGUCUUGUUGGAAAUAAAGGAAUGAAGUGACUCAAAGCGUCUUCCUAAAGCUAAGAUAUUCGAUUUACUGCGUUAGGAAUUAACUUUAUUCCAUUACAAAACGCGAACAAUACUUUGAAAACAAAAGCGAGGGAGAAAAAAAACUAAUGUUUGAUUUUGAAGAUGUCCCUAGUGUUGAAAUUCUUGUGCAGUCACUUUAUACGAAUUUACCACCGUACGUAUAUAUAACAACAAAAAACAAAAAAAAUAUACAAGGUGAUGUGAUUGUAACUGUGGUUCAUGAAUACAUGGCAAGUUAAGUAUAAUAAGCAAGUCUAAUUAUGUAACCCUACGCGACGAACACUGCAUGCCAAUAGUAGAAACAGUACGUACGAUCACGAGAUCAAACUUCUACGUACUUUACUUUCUUAGGAUCCCUCCACUUGUAGGCACUAGCGCCAUGCCACGUGGUCCCCCUGCAUUAGCUUUAUGGGCCUCAUAAAAGCCCGUGGGACCGUCUCUCCAUCCAUGCACAUGCUUCACAUUAAGCUCUAGCAUGUUGUGUGUAUAUAAAAAUACUAGUCUUAAUACGCAUAUUUAAGUACAUAUAAGCGUAUAAUCUAAUAGCCCUAUAUAUGCCUUUUAAGGAGAAGAGACCGGCCGAAGAAAAGACAGCGUUGUGGUCUCCACGAAGGUUACAAAGACUCAUUGUCACGUGACCACCACUAUUCUUCAGAGUCUUAUAAUAUGUGUGUUAUAUAGCUCAUAUGUAUAAACAUUUAUUUAUAGAAUUUAGAUAGUUUUGUAUUUGCUUGUAGACCAUUCAAGAAUCUUUAGCACUAUACUCGAGUUUCAGGUUAAAUAAGCGAGGGCCUAUAAGAUCUAUAGAAUUUAAUAUUAAGCAUUCAGCAUCAAUAUGCUUUGGCCCAAGACUGUGGACGUUAGUGGGUUUUGCUUUGGGCAUUACAACCGAAGUGUACUUUACCAUGACUUCUAAGCUGAUGGGCUUAACUUUAUAGCCCAUUGCACACAUCUGGAACUUUUUGCGUUAAGAAAUAGUAUUAUUUUUGCGUUAAGGGUAAUAUUUUUUUAGUGCAUCAUCGUUUUGUCGUUUUCAAAAGUUGUAUGGAAUCCAGUGGUGGCUUGAAACUCUAAUGGAAGAAGUAUGAGCAUCAAUGCUUCUUUGGAGUUUACAUCCUAAUCGUUCCAUUCGAUUAGACUUCCAUAUAUAAACCGCCUAACGUAACGCAUAUUUAACAUUAUUAUUUCUUUUAAAUUAAUUAAGUUAAUCAUCAAAUUGCUAAUGUCGGUUUAUUUAUUUUACGGUCACUGAUUAGUCAUUGGUAGUUAAUAAAAAUCUUAUUAUAUAAAAAAAUCAAAACUAUUUUUCACAAGAAAAUAACAUAAAAUCAAUCAGGAAAAGGAUAUAUAUCGAGAUUUUUUUUAAAUUGGGUUAAAUUAAAUUAAUCGGAAAACGAGAAGACUAAGGAGUUAUUUCUUUUUAUUUGGCUAAUUAAAAACGUUAAUUAUAGAAAAUUAAGAUUCGGUGGCUGAUUUAGAAAAUAUUUCCUUUCUCAAUAUCUCAUCGACUCAAUAGAAGCUUCUAUCGUUUCCCUGAAGAAAAAGCUUUUAUCGUUUGCGUCUCCGAUGGCGUCUCACUGGAUCCCUGAAGAUGACUUUCGUCUCAGAAAAUCUAUCGAGAAUGGAGCUUCUCUAGAGUCACUAGCUAAAGGAGCAGUCAAGUUCUCUAGGAGAUUCACACUAUCAGAACUAAGAGAUCGAUGGCAUUCGCUUCUGUACAACCCUCAUGUCACAUCUCUAUCUUCAUCAGUCGCAUUCGAUCACACGUACUCGGAUCAGUUUCUUCCACAAUCUCAUCAUAACCAUCAUCACGGAACACCAGUCAGGUCUCAGUAUUACACGGCGUGUAAGAGGAGGCGUUUGGAGGAGAUGCAUCCUCUUAGUAACGUUGAUAACUGUGUCAUUAACGAAGAUCUUGAUCACGUUGCGUUUGGAGGAAACGCGUUCGAAGGCUCUGAGUAUUUCGACUUGGAGUUUGAUGCGGUUGAUUUGGCAAUCAUUCAUAACUCUUUCCCAGGUAUCAUGCCUCAAGAAGCUGAUGAUGAUGGAAUGGUGAAUCAGUUAUUCAACGAUUGUGAUGUUUCGGACACAACAACAACAGCAAAUGCAUUAGAACAGCUUUUGCUUCAAGAAGACUCUGAAGAUCCUAUGUUUCAAUCUUUCAACGAGACAACAUCAGUGUCACAUGAUCAAGCAGAGACUUGGAUUGAUCCAGAGUAUUGUCAUAGUGCUAUGUUAUUGCCUGAUUGGGAUCCACAUCCAGAAGUCAAUAACGGUGUUAUCAUAUGCACUUUAAACAAAGAGUCCGAUGAGAUUCCAAAUAACGAUGAUAUUGACUUUACUAUGUACACACAGAAAGCUCGAAACCCGUCAUCAUCACUGAGGAAGCAUAUGAGACCACCUCCGUAUCCAAACAGAGGACCAUCAUCAUCGUCAUUACAAGCCAGAGGUAAUAAUGACAUGUUCCACAGUUCUGGUAGUGGAGAUAGUGUUGUUACAGAACAAGGAAGUUGUUCUAAUGCAUUCAAGGCUAGCUAUACCGAGAAAGCUACUUCUAGUUUUACUACAACUACUUCAACAUCACAACAACACUAUGAACAUACUUUGUGUUCAGAGAUGGAUAUAACUACUCCAAUGUUACAAGAGGAAGACAACGAUGAAAUUGAGAGUGAUGAAGAUUUGCCUUCCUAUUCAGAUGUUGAAUCUAUGAUUCUUGGGAUGGACCUUGAACCAAUUGGUCAAGACCGGUACGAGUUGGAAGCGUCAAGAUAUCGAAACGAGGAAGUGGCGCGAAUGAUAAUGAGAUUAGAGCAGAGUUCUAAGUCUUACAUGAACCGUAACAUCACUUCUCAUGAAGCUUUUGCUAUGCUAUACGGAAGCUCCAAGCAUUACAUUAAUAAACCUGAGGUGUUACUUGGACGAGCGACUGGUGAAUAUCUAGUGGAUAUCGACUUAGCAAAGUCAGGGUCUUGGAAAAAAAUCUCUAGACGACAGGCUCUAAUCAAGUUGAAGAAAGAUGGGUGUUUUGUAAUCAAGAAUCUUGGGAAGUUUUCGAUAUGGAUAAACGAGAAAGAAGUUCAACAUGGAGAGAUUGUUAAUAUCAGUAACAAUAGCUUAAUCCAGGUGAUUAUUUUUUGUUACUUGUGUUUCAAUAUUAGGUUAAAAAGAACCGAAGCUGAUCAAUCUCUUUACGUGUUUGCAGAUACGAGAAAUGUCGUUCAUAUUCGAGACGAACGAGAAAGCAGUCAAAAGAUAUCUAGAUGGAAUUCACAAAUGAGAUUAUAUAUGUAUAGCUAUUACUCGUACUAGUAGAGACUUCUUUUUUGUUAAAUUAGUAGAGACUUUAUGUUAAAUACUUGUAUGAUCAUCAAAACAUAACACUUGAAUUUGAUCCAAUCAAAAGUUGGAUGAUUUAAAAAACUGGGGUCUUUUCGUUUGUUUUUUCGAAAAGUCAUCGUAAGAUAGUCAAUAAACAGUGAAAGAAAAGGUGAGAAGAACAAAAAUCGAAUCAAUUCGAUGAGGAUCUAUGAGUGCACUGAUGCAAAUAAUGGGCAGUGUAUACUAUAUAAAAUAAUGUGGGGCGUAUUCCUAUACUUUAAAUUAAUGAAAACUCCUAAAGUGGACCAAUAAAAUCAUUAAAUUCGCUUAAUAAAAAAUCAUGAAUCGCUGUUAAGAUUCGAUGGGUUUCAAUAUUGGCCCUCCCCACCUUCUGCCCAUACAGAUCCAACUAAUUCCCUUAUUUUAUUCUAAAUUUUAUAAAUACUUUAUCAAUGGUGUCAUGAACAUAGUUUU